UUUACGGAAAUGUAUCUUUUUAUUGUGUCUCAUAAUGGACAUGGCAACAGUGAAUAGGCACAAUCGGACAAGCGAUCAAGAUUACCCCAACCAACAUGGCUGAUGGACGGAACACUUGUUUUGAAUAGUGAUUUGCUGCUGUAGUUCUUCACCAACGCCUUGAAUAUGUCCUGACCAGGGGAGUAGAGGAUCUAGUGGUAGUGAAUAACAAUGGGGAACAAGCACAGCUGUUGUGUGUACCCUGGAGGUCGAGGCUCGGGCCGCUCUGCCUCCAGUCAAAAGGGGGCUGGUGGAGGGUCAGGAGAUGCUAACCAUGAAGAUGUGUCUGAGGAGCACAUGUAUAACCUGCAACACAUCAGUGAGAGAGAACCUGAUGAUCUUGACCAGGACCCAAGCCUUCAUCCCUCAGCUGGUCCACUCUUCCUCUCCAAGUCUAGACAACUUAUUGAGAAUGGCCUUAUCAGAAGAAGAAGUAGAAGUCAUUUGGAUGAUGGUCGAACUUUGAAGAAGUCUUCAUCCUGCUCAACUAUCUAUUUGGAUGACUCGACAGUCUCCCAGCCUAACCUGAAAAACACAAUAAAGUGUGUAGCACUUGCAAUAUACUACCACAUCAGAAACCGAAAUGAUAACAGGGUGCUGGACAUAUUCGAUGAGAAACUUCACCCAUUAACGAGGGAUGGAGUUCCUCCUGACUAUGACAGACACAAUCCUGAACACCGGCACAUCUACAAGUUUGUACGGACACUCUUCAAUGCUGCUCAGCUCACUGCCGAAUGUGCAAUCAUUACGCUAGUCUACCUGGAGAGAUUGUUGACAUAUGCGGACAUUGACAUGACACCGGGAACAUGGAAGCGCAUUGUCUUAGGUGCUAUCAUUCUUGCCAGUAAAGUUUGGGACGACCAAGCUGUGUGGAACGUAGAUUAUUGCCAGAUAUUAAAGGACAUCUCUGUUGAUGACAUGAAUGAAUUGGAGCGCCAGUACUUGGUAAUGAUCCAGUUCAACAUAAAUGUGCCCUCCUCUGUCUAUGCCAAGUAUUACUUCAGCUUACGCACGCUGGCAGAGGCCAACGAUUUGUCAUUCCCAGCAGAAACUCUGAGUAAAGAGCGUGCCCAGAAGUUGGAGGCCAUGUCACGUAUCUGUGAAGAUAAGUAUGCUGCCCAGAUGGGGCGCAAUGGCCAUAAGAAGUGGAACAGUCUGGACAAUAUCAGUGCUGCUGCCUCUCGACGCUCGGUAGCGAUCCUUUCGUGAUCUUAGGUUCUAAGAUAAAGUUAUUAUGCACAGAGGUCUAUAAAUAUGUUAAGAAAUAUACAUCAUCUUGCUUCAGUUUCAACCUCCAUGUUUGUUAACUUUGGUGGUGGUGAUAUUUUUUUAUUACAUGAUGAAGCCAGAGUUCAUGAUGACCAUGUUGUGCUGGUCCCUGACUAAUCUCACAAUAUUUGCCAAACACAUUAUGACUAGCAAAUUAAAAGAUACUAUUUUACCUCACACAUUUGAUACAAAAACUGUGUUGUAUGUGAAAUAUAUGAAGUCUUUUAUACAAUGGGGAUGUAGUAAUGAAAAACAAAGUAUUGUAUGACAAAUUUAUAUAUGUGUAUAGCAGUGUGCAAACACUUGAAAAUAAGUGUUCAUUACUAAUUAAUAUGAAAGAAAAUGUGGAAAAGUAUAGUUUGCUUCCUCAGUGAGAAACACUAAAAUAUGAAAGGGAAGCAAAUAUUGAUUGUGUCUUGAGACAGUGAAAGCCUUUAUUCAAGCAAUAUAUAAAAAUAAAUAUAUAAAUAUAUUACCUUGGACGAUGAAAUCUUUUUAUUGGUUUCCAGCAUUUUUAUAUAUACUGUAAUGUAAAAAUUUAAAAAAUUAUAAAACUUGCAUUCGACUGAUACUAUACAGUGAUAUCUAGUGUACAUUUCCAAGAAUGGAAAGUGCGCGUAACAGAGGUAAUCGGGUAGUGUUGUGUGUACAGGUAUGACUGAUAUUUUGCAAGGAGUGAUAAUCACUUAAGCCAUUUUUUACUGUGAUGUGCCACUGUUGAGAACGAGGCCAUUUGUGUCCGAGUUAAUCUCUUGCGUCUAUGUUAUUAAUUCAUCUUUAUAACAAGUUGUUGUAUUACUUCGUGUAAUUACGUAUCGAUCAUUCACCUUAUCGGCUUUUUGUAGCUAGGCAUAAUUGUUCUUUGGUAUAUAUAUUAUUUUGUGCUUGUAUUACUUUAGAGAAUACAAUGGAAUGGUAUGCAGACUUCAGGUGUGUGGAGAUGCUCUCAACAAGUUCGCUAGAGGAAGAAAUGGUACUGUAUUUGCCAAAGUUGAAGUGUGAGGAGGAUUAUGGAUUAACAUUAGGAAAUUCUACUUGCAUUAGAUUCAUUUCUUAAUAAAUAAAUAAUUAACAUAGGCAUACAUGCAUUCAUGUUUACACACUAUUGCUUCAAUGCCUUACUGCCUCCUGGGAGCUUCCCAUCAUGGGGUGCCUACAGCAGAAGGUUCUCCAGGAGGUUCAAUCAUCACACAAGCCUCUCACUCUUUCAGGCUCUAAAACCUAUUCUCCCCCCCCCCUCCCCCCCCUCCCCCCCCACCAUUCCUUUUGUAUAUUGUUUCUCUCUUCCUUGCCAGGAUAUUGGUUGCAUGCUUCUACCAUACAAGCCCUUUAUAUUAACUUGUACACCCUUCUUGUUAAACGAUUCUUCGCCAUUAAUAAAUACAUCAUCUGUGUUUUACACUUUGCCCACUCCACAGCGCCACAAUUCAUUUCCCUCACCCCUGUCAUUCACUCCACGUCUUGCUACUAUACCCAUCCUACACACAUCAGCCAUAUUUUUAAUAGCAAAAAUAAACAAAUGUACUAGUGUAUGUACUAUUGAGCUCUUGGCCACUGUCCAUACCCACAUUUCACUUCUAUAUGUCAGGCUGAAGUUAUAUACUGUCUAACCUUUCUGUACUCCUGUACUGACAUUGUUUCAUUACUGUUCACCUCUUCUACUCCUUCCACAUAAGUUUCCAUAAUGGGUGACCCCCAUGUUGAAUUUGAAGUAGACUUGUUAGUGCUGUCUCCAAGCACUAUAGUGCUCUCACGUAAUGGAGAGCACUAUAGUGAUGAAUAUCUUAAAGGUUACAACAUUUUGGCUCAUGCCUAACUUACGCCAUCCAUCCAUCCACCAGAACACUUGAUAUAUUUUAACAACUCUUCAACUCACUCUUAUCACUGUAGUAAAUCAGUGUAGCCAACCUUCUGUUGAUGAAAAGUUCUGCGUGACCGUUCUGUGUGUGUAUUACUGUAGUUGCAUUAAGUUUGUUGCACUUCUGCCUUGCUUUAGCUUGGCAUAGCUGUUCAAGUUACCUAUAUCUAUCAUUAUUGUUCAUUUAAUUUUUAAAGUGUAUAUUGAAUAUUUUGGGCUUCUCUUCCUCUCGGCUUGACACACUCCUUCACUUAUCUUGUCCUUGUCCUCUUUAUGUUUUGACUAUAAUUAAGACUUUUUAACAUUUUU